UGAAAUUGAACCCUAAAGUAAGAGCCCAUCUUCCAGAUUUCUCGUCACCCUCCAAAUCCUUCCUCACGCUCGGCUGUUCUCCAGGGGCUGGGCAGCAGCCACACACACCAUCCAACCUCCCAGUGGCAGUUGGGGCAGUCCAGGCAGGCUUCACCAAGGGCCUCUGUGCCUUCAGAACAUCCCAGCAACCCUCAGUUGGGCCAGGUUCUGGAGAAGGGAACAGCAUUUGGACAUGUCCAUUAGAAACAUGACUCAGUUUUAUUCGAGAAGGGUGAUUUUGUCACUCACCUGGCUUCCAAGUCGGACUGUUCAUUCAUCCUCACCCACAUUGCAAGUCUUUCUGUAUUCCUCUUAACAGAGGUAGAGUGCGGGUGUAUCUUGCCCAGGUCCUUUCUACUUUCCUUUUCUGAUAAUACUUAUCUCCACAUUAGUCUUCAUCAAUUUUGAAGUAUUUCUGAGUAAACGGGCUGCCCUUCAUACACUUUUCCUCUUACUGCCAAAGUCCCAAAUCACUAGGGUCCUCAGAAUUUUUCUUUGGUCACUUGUCCAUUCUUCCUGAUGAGCUUCAUUUACAUUUUGUGAUGAGUAUAUGAAUAGAAAUCGACAUAUGGUCUAUUUUCUUACCUUCAAACAUCAGAUCAUUCUCAAGAAAUUACAUUAUGCUACCAAUUUUUGCAGUUUGUCCCAGUCAGGAUAAAAGGAGUGCAUCGAGGACUCAGCGGAAUAUUUUGCAGAAUGAGUUACCCAGUGAAGAGAAAAUAGUCGUAUUUGCAAGAAAUGAUUCGUGUUCUGUUUUUGGAGAAAACCGGAAAUUUCAUAGCAGUGGAGAUCAGACCCAAACCCAGGAGGGGCAUUUGAGACAUCAUUUGGUGGAGUGUGUCUGUGAAAGCAAUGAAGGUAAUCAAUGUGGAGAAACCGUGAGGCAGAUUACAAGUUUUGCUGUGCAUGAGGAUUGCCCUCCUGGAGAAAAAUCCCAUGAAUGCACUAAGUGUAGAGAAGCCUUCGCAGAUGGUUCUUUCCCUGAGAACCCAGGAAGAUCUCAUCCUGGACACAAACCUAGUCCCUGUGAGGAAUGUGGGCCAGCCUGUAGCUGUGUCUUGAGCUUUAGCCCUCAUGUUGGCGCAGACCUUGUAGGGAAACCCUAUGAAUGUCAGGACACUGGGAGAGGAUUGAAGAGAGAAUUGAAGAGUCUCAGUAGUAAAAAGUCUUUAGAGUGCAAGAAGUGUGGAAAAGCUUUCACUCACACCUCAUCCUUUCAGGGUCAUGUGCGAGGUCACUGUGGACAGAGAGUCCAUGCGUGUGACAUGUGUGGGAAAGCCUUUAUGUAUCACUCCUGUCUUACACGUCAUGUGAGAACUCACACUGGAAUGAAACCCAGUGAUUGUACAGACUAUGGGAAAGCCUACAUUUGCCUCUCAUACUCUCAAGAUUACUCAAGUAAUCAAACUGGGAAACGAAUUUUUAGAUGUGGGCAGUGUGGGAAAGCCUUCACUCGUCAGGCCUACCUUCUAGUGCAUGUGAGGACACACACUGGAGAGAGACCCUAUGAAUGCCAGCAAUGUGAGAAGACCUUCACAGAUCAUGGAAAUCUGCGAGAACAUGUGAGAACACACACUGGGGAGAGACCCUAUGAAUGUCAGGAGUGUGGGAAGACCUUCAAGUAUAACUCAGGCCUGCGAGCACACAUGAGGGCACACACUGGGGAGAGACCCUAUAAAUGUCAGCACUGUGGGAAAGCCUUCACUGGUCACUAUUCCCUUCUAGUACAUGUGAGAACACACACGGGGGACAGGCCCUAUGAAUGUGUGGAGUGUGGGAAAACUUUCCAGAAGUGUGAACAUUUUAAACGUCACAUGACCACGCACAGCACAGUGAAACCCUAUGAAUGUAAGGAGUGUGGCAGAGCCUUCCGGGAUCGCACAGACCUGCGAAUACAUAUGAGGACACACACUGGGGAAAGACCCUAUGAGUGUCAGCAAUGUGGGAAGACCUUCAGACAUCUUGGAAAUCUACGAGGACAUGUGAGAACGCACACUGGGGAGAGACCGUAUGAAUGUCAGCAAUGUGGGAAGACCUUCAGGUAUAACUCAGACCUGCGAGAACACGUGAGGACACACACUGGGGAGAGACCCUAUAAAUGUCAGCAGUGUGGGAAAGCCUUCAUUCGUCGCUACACCCUUCUAGUACAUGUGAGAACACACACAGAGGGUGGACGCAUGGAAUGUAAAGAGUGUGGGAAGGCAUACAAGUUUUCCUCAUCCCUUCGAGUGCAUAUGAAGAAACACACUGGGGAGAGACAUUCACUAGUCACCGCUCCUUUCAAGAACACGUGAGGAUGUGCAGUGGACAGGAUCCGUUUGAAUCUAAGGACCCUGGUAAGAUCUUCCAGUGUCCCGUAGACCUGCAAGUACGUGUGAUGACACUCACUAGAGCAGAACCAUAUGAAUGUCUGCACUAUGAGAAAGCCUUCCAUUGCCCCUCUUCUCUUCGAAGACACAUGUGAAAAGCACAGUGAUGUGAAACCCUAUGAACUUAAGAACCAUGGAAAAGCCUUCAGGUACCUCAUCAAUCUGGGAGCACAGACACGAUGUGGGAAAGCAUUUAUUCUCCCUUAAAAUCGUUUUUAAAAUGCCACCCAGUACACUGGAGAUGAACCUGAAUGAACAUAAUUUUGGGAAGACUUCCAGUAUAGAACUUCAUAUAUUGUUCAUGAAAAUUCUGACGGGACAGAAACCGUUUCAUUGUUAUAAACAUGGUUUUGUUUUGUUUUGUUUUGUUUUUUUUUUUAAACAUGGUUUUGUUUUUGCAAGUGCCUCUUCCUUGAUAGAGAUGCGAAGUGUCUUAAUUCCUAGUUCAUGUCACUGAUGUGAACACUAAUGAUGGUCAGUGUCCUUUGUCCUCUGCAUCUCUACAACAUAUACUUUGUUAUCUCAGACUUGGAGUAAUCACAUGGUUAUGUGAAACAUGUCUCUUUUCCAUUACAAUGUCUCUUAGACCCAGGGGUGAUAAGAAUGUGUCUGUUUGGGGUGGUGAGGAUAAUAUAACUUUACAUAAUUUUAGAAAAAGAUUUCUUGAAUUAUACAUUCCAGAUGUUCCUAGUGUAUGAUCGUGACACGAGACUUGUACUGUUGAAAGUUCUUUUAUGUUGUCUGUUGCAGAUACUGGAGUUUCCUGAUUCUAUAUCACCUCUUUUCAGUCUUUAUUAUUGAAAGAUAUAUUUUCAGGGCACCUGGGUGGUGCAGUUGGUUAAGCAUCCAACUCUUUG